AUGAAUAACUAUAAUAAAUCUAUCCGGAAAUCACAGUCUGGAACGGAGACAGUGAAACCUCAUCGACUACUCUUUCAUGGAAGAUUAUCUAUUGAAGAAGGUGGCAUCGAACGGGUCACCGAUGAAGAGCGACAACAGAAUACAACCAAGUUCUGGCAUGCUGCUACGUUCUGGUUCAGUGCAAACAUGGCAGUGGCCACCCUCAACAUCGGCUCCUUAGGAGGUUCUCUCGGCGUUCCCUUCUGGGACUGCGUCAUCGUCAUUCUCAUAGUCAAUAUCACAAGCAACUUGCUACCGGCCUGGACAUCUGUUUUUGGGUUAACCGGGCUACGCAUGACGACAUUCUCGCGAUACUCAUUCGGCUACUGGGGCAACAUGCUCGUCGUGAUAUUCUCCAUGAUCGCCACCACAGGCUGGAACGCAAUCAACUCUAUCUCCGGCGCAGCCGUCCUGCACGCCCUCUCGGGUGGUCGAUUCCCCAUCUGGGCCGGCGUCAUCGUGAUCUGUGUGACUGUCUGGGUUAUCUGCGUAUUAGGGAUCAACUGGAUCCAUCGCGUCGACACAUUUAUCUGGAUCCCGCCUUUGAUUGUGUGGUGUGUCGCAGCUGGGACGGGUGCUUCUCACCUCACCGGCGAGGACCAUGUGCGUCUUCAGGGCUCGGAGAAAGCUGCUGCUAUUCUCACAUUCAUGGCUUUGAUCUUCUCCUUCUCGAUUUCCUGGGUGAAUUGUGCGGCGGAUUACAAUGUGCGCAUGCCCAAAGAUACGCCGCGCUGGCAGAUCUUCGGCGCUACCUAUGUAGGUAUCCUCGUUCCUACUGUACUUGUUCAGACUCUUGGUGCAGCCUUGUAUACAGGUACGAUCACGAACGCAGCGUGGAAAGAGGCGUAUGCGGCCUCUUCGAUUGGGGGUUUGCUCAAGAUGGCGUUGGAGCCAGUAGGGGGGUUUGGAAAGUUCCUGAUGUUUCUUGCGGCAUUGAGCUCAAUUCCAAAUCUAGGACCUUGGGCUAUGCGCAUUCCCCGUGUGGCCAUGGUCACCUUUGGCUUUAUCGCGGCAAUAAUAAUCGGCUGCUGCGCAGCCAAGUAUUUUUCGGAUACUCUACAGACAUUGCUUAGUGUGAUUGGGUACUGGACUGUGAUCCACAUCACUCUAGUGAUGGAAGAGCAUUUCAUUUUCCGGCGUGGAUGGAAUGGAUAUGAUUUCGACGCUUGGAAUAGCACCGCUAAUUUGCCAUUUGGAUGGGCCGCCAUCGGGGCUUUCGCCUUCGGGUUCCUGGGUGCUGCUCUUGGUAUGAAAACCGCGUGGUAUUCAGGUCCUGUUGCUUCUUUGAUUGGCAGACAAGGUUCAAAUAUAGGUCAUGAGUUGACAUUUGCGUUCUCUGGGGCCAUAUUCCCUUUUCUCCGGUGGAUUGAAAAGCAUUAUGGGGGCCGGUGA